AUGAAUAGACGAAGAGCUGCAAAUAAUUUCACUUAUAUCAGCCCCUGUGUGAAAUAUAUGAUAUUUCUACUUAAUUUUCUAUUUUGGCUGUUUGGUGGUCUUUUGAUUGGUAUAGGUCUUUAUGCAUUUCAUGAUAAAUGGAGAGGUACUGGAUUGAUUAGAGUGAACACAGUGUAUGAUGUACUUUUGGAUAUCUCAUUAGUGUUAAUAAUUUUUGGAGGCGUUGUUUUUAUUGUGAGCUUUGCAGGCUGUAUUGGUGCACUUAGAGAAAAUACAUGUUUAUUGAAAUUUUAUUCUCUUUGUUUACUAAUAUUCUUUCUGCUUGAAAUGGCCAUUGCUGUUAUUGGCUUUGUUUUUCCUCAUACAAUGCAGUCUAUUGUUGAAGAGUCAUUUACUGAUAAAAUUAUUCAUAAAUACCGUGAUAACGAUGACCUCCGCAAUUUCAUUGAUUUCGCUCAAAAAGAGUUUCAUUGCUGUGGUCUUAGCUCUGAAGGAUACAUGGAUUGGUCUAUGAAUGAAUACUUCAAUUGCAGUUCACCGAGUAGAGAGCAGUGUGGUGUUCCUUAUUCCUGUUGCAUUAAUGCGACUAACAUAGCUGGUGGUCUUAUUAAUAUUAUGUGUGGAUAUGGAGUUCAAAGAUUAUCUGUAGCAGAGGCCAGUAAAAAGGUUUGGACUAGUGGCUGCAUAGAAGUUGUUCGUGCUUAUGCUGAAAGAAAUUUGUAUACAAUUGCUGGUGUGGCUUUAAGUGUAGCCCUUUCACAAUUAUUUGUAAUUUAUCUUGGUAAGACGCUUGAAGGGCAGAUAGAUUUACAAAAAUCGCGAUGGACAUCAUGA